CACAAUUACUCUCGGAGCUCAGGCACACCGACCGAACCCGACAACGAAACAAGAACAACAAAACACCAUGUCGGGCACCCACCGCGCCGACGAGCGGCGCUUCCUCGACGAGCGCGGGUCCUCCGCGUCCCUCGCGCCAAACGGUCUCAACCCAGCAACGAUAAUGGAAAAAGCCGUGCGAGAGCGAAUAAUCGACUCCUACUUCUGGAAAGAGCAAUGUUUCGGAGUCAACGAAGCCGACAUCGUCGACCGCGUCGUGGACCACGUAACCUUCAUCGGAGGCACCUACGGCGUAACCCAGAAGCCCACACCGUUCCUCUGCCUCGCGUUCAAGCUAUUACAACUCGCUCCCGACGACACGGUGCUGAAGGAAUACAUGAGUUUCGGCGGCGACAAGUUCAAGUACCUGCGCGCGCUGGCGUGUUUCUACGUGCGCUUGACGAGACGCGCUGAGGGCGUGUAUACGACGCUCGAGCCGUUUCUAGAGGAUAAGCGGAAGUUGAGGAGGAAGGGACGCGCGGGGACGAGUUUGACGUAUGUGGAUCAAUUCGUGGACGACUUGCUUACGAAGGACCGGGUGUGCGCGACGAGCUUGUGGCAGAUGCCGAAACGCGAACUCCUGGAAGAUCUGGAGGUGUUGGAGCCGAGGGUUAGUCCGCUUGGGGAUAUUGAGGAUUUGUUGGAGGAUGAUGAUUUGGAGAAUGGUGGCGACGAGAAUGGGGAUGCAAGAUCCGAUAGUGACGAGGAAGGGUUGAUUAAUGAGGAGGAAGAGGGGAAUACAAGACGGAGGAGAUCGAGUUCCGACUCGAGAGGAAGAAGACGCUCGAACUCGCGAGAUCGAAGCCGUUCACGGGAGGAUAUGGAUAUGGACCGAAGUGAUGGCUCAAGUGGAUGAGCGGUAACGGGACAACGACACGUGCUUGCACCCACGAACUAAUCAAUCGGCCCUUAUACGAAUGAUCAUAGAAGUCUAUACGAAAAGCAAGGUGAGCUUGUUGCGUGAUAAAAAUACCUAAUCAUGGUAAGAGCUCAAGAUA